GAGAGGCUUUCGCGGCUUUGGUCUGCCUCGUACGUGAGUUAUCGCGGUGGACGCUACUCCACCGAGCGUCUUCUGGCUCUGGACAGGUACACUCGAACGGCAUCACUACCACGGGUUGUGUGCGUCUACUUAUGGGUACUGGUUCCUGUCCAAGUGGCCGUCAUCGGCCAAGAAGCGGUGCCUCUCCAAGAGCCUUCAGUCAAGUGGUAUGGCCACUACGGCUUCUGGGUCCGACUUACCGUCGUGGUCGCCACCGUCUUCUAUGCU